CACGGACCACCACGCGCUCCACUUCAACUCCAGGCACUCCCAGGACUCCCCACCGCACUUUAGCUCUGCCAAACCGUCAAACAAGCAGAGCCACCUCUUGCUAACAGCAUACAAUACCACCAUGAACCGCUUGUUCGGCGCGAAGAGCACAGCGCCCAAGCCCACGCUCAACAGCGCCAUCUCCAACGUCGACACCAGGAUAGAAAGCAUAGAUGUCAAGCUUGCUAAGCUCAACGCCGAGCUGUCCACCUACCAGCAGCGCCUUGCGAAGAUGCGCGACGGCCCGGGGAAGACCGCUCUCAAGCAGAAGGCACUCAAGGUCCUACAGCAGCGCAAGAUGUACGAGGGGCAGCGGGAUCAGCUACAGCAGCAGUCGUGGAACAUGGAACAGGCGGGCAUGAUGCAGGACAACCUCAAGAACACCAUGACUACAGUCGACGCCAUGAAGACCACCACCAAGGAGCUCCGCAAGCAGUACGGCAAGGUCAACAUCGACAAGAUCGAGAAGCUACAGGACGAGAUGGCAGAUCUCAUGGACAUGGGCAACGACAUACAAGACAGCAUCAGCAGGAGCUACGACGUUCCAGAAGACAUCGACGAGUCCGAGCUAGACGCUGAACUCGAGGCGCUGGGCGAGGAGGUCGAGUUCGAGGGUAUUGGGGAAUCGCAAGGCUUGCCUAGCUUCAUGAUGGAUGAAGCUCAGCCCCCACAAUUCAUCGACGAACCUCCCGAGCCUGGCAAAGUGAAGGAAGCCGCCGGUUGAUCGCGUCUCAAUUUGCUUGUUAUCUGGACUCUCAUACGAGCGGAGGUAUACCCGGCAUAACGGAUGAUAACGGCAGGUCUAAAGAAUUUGGUGAAUGCAUUUGUACUACCCAACAACUCAUGCC